GAGGGGCGUGAUACUAGUCGUCAGUUCCGAGAGAGCCUCGGGUUUGGGGGUAAAAAUGGCGGCGGUGACAACGAUGAGAGCCUCAUUCAGGUUUAUGAGAAACUUGCGGUGUGCACACCAGUACAGAUCUUGCUGUUCAAAAUUUCAGUCUGUUAGACCAGAGUACAAAUACAAGUUGCCUCACCUCUCGGUCGCUGUCAGCACGCAGCACCGGUACUUCAGAACCUGCAGUGUUGUUUCUGGACCAAUUGUACAGUUUAAGCUGUCAGAUAUAGGAGAAGGUAUUACAGAGGUCACCGUCAAGGAAUGGUACGUCAAAGAGGGUGACACGGUAUCUCAGUUCGACAGCAUAUGUGAAGUCCAGAGUGACAAGGCCUCUGUCACCAUCACCAGUCGCUACGAUGGCGUCAUUCGGAAACUCUACUAUGAUGUGGACUCCAUUGCCCAUGUUGGCAAGCCACUGGUGGACAUCGAAACACAGGAUGUGAAGGAAGGAGCUCUGGAGGAGGAUGUAGUGGAGGCCCCAGCAGUGUCUCAUGACGAACACACACACCAGGAAAUCAAGGGCCAGAAGACCCAGGCCACCCCUGCAGUGCGGCGCCUUGCCAUGGAAAACAAUAUCAAGCUGAGUGAAGUGGUGGGUACAGGGAAGGAUGGCCGCAUCCUGAAAGAAGACAUCCUUAACUACCUGUCCAAGCAGACUGGUGCUAUCUUGCCUCUGUCCCCUUCCCCUGAAAUCAUUCCACCUCCACCCAAACCACAGGCUGCUCCCACCAGGCCCAAAGACACCACACCUAGUGUGCGCCAACAGGUGUCCCCAAAGCCUGUGUUCACAGGCAAGGAUCGCACAGAGCCCCUCAAAGGUUUUCAUAAAGCAAUGGUGAAAACCAUGACUGCUGCCUUGAAGAUCCCCCACUUUGGUUAUUGCGAUGAAGUGGACCUGAGCCAGCUGGUAAAGUUGCGGUUGGAGCUGAAGGCUGUGUCAGAGUCGCGUGGGGUGAAGCUCAGCUACAUGCCCUUCUUUAUCAAGGCAGCAUCUCUGGGAUUACUCCACUUCCCCAUCCUCAAUGCCUCAGUGGAUGACAAUUGUCAAAACAUCACUUACAAGGCAGCUCACAACAUUGGCCUGGCCAUGGACACACAACAAGGCCUUAUUGUGCCCAAUGUGAAGAACGUGCAGGUUCUGAGCAUCUAUGAUAUCGCUGCUGAAUUGAACCGCCUGCAGACGCUGGGGGCCACAGGCCAGCUGGGGGCUAGUGACCUGACCGGGGGAACCUUCACCCUCUCCAACAUUGGAUCAAUUGGAGGAACAUAUGCCAAGCCAGUCAUCCUGCCCCCUGAGGUGGCGAUUGGGGCUCUAGGAACGAUACAGAUCCUGCCCAGGUUCAGUGCCCAAGGGGAGGUGGUGAAAGCCCACAUCAUGAAUGUGAGCUGGUCAGCUGAUCAUAGGAUCAUCGAUGGAGCCACAAUGUGCCGCUUCUCCAAUCUCUGGAAGUCCUACUUGGAAAAUCCAGCUUCUAUGCUCAUGGACCUGAAGUGAACCAGAACAGAGCCUCCUUUGUUCUGAAUCCUCCUCUGUCAGUGUAGUGAUGGUGUAACUGACAUGGUUGCUACAGUACAUAUGCUACGUUAAUUCCCCCGCUAUUCUCUUGUAGUUAUGGACCACAGAGCACAAGUACACUGAAAGGAACAGUAACCUCCUCAUUUCAUGGACUAAAGUGUAACAGCAGUCUGCUGCAUGUUCAUGUUUAGAAAGUGCACAGCCUAAAAGAAUGAGGUGGUUAUAAAACUGCUCCACUAUGACAAUUGUAAAUUGACAUUAGAAAUACAGAGCUUCUACCUGAUCUGUUUAUUAGAUCCUAAUACCUUCAAAGGGCUGUUUUAAGUACAAGGCUGUUUUUUAAAUGCUGAUUUUCGUUCUGUCAGUGAAGUGUGCCAUGGCAGAGUAAUCCCUUUUAAAACUGGUUCAUCCUAUGUACUUCAACUCGGGUGUGCCAAGGCUGAAGACUGCCAGAAUUUUUAGGUCUCUCUGUUUCAUCACCUGCCAUGUAUCUGUGAAAAAGGUCAAAUUGUUUCAAAGAUACUAUAGCUAAGAGCACAGAUUGAACAAAAACCAGCUAGCCUUGUGGGCCUGAAGGAGUGAGUUUGGAGCUGACUGAUUUUAAGGCUGUAGAUUGUCAGGGCAAUAGUAUAUCACUUCCUGUAACAGCUCUGCUUCUCUGUGGUUUUGUAAUCACCUCUUCCCACUCUGAAGGUGCUUCUGGGUGUUACUGAACAGUGUUGUACUGUAGAUAAAUCUUGAAUUCUCUGUGACUGUCCAUGUCAGGAUAGGUCAGUGUGUUUGAAGGAAAAUCUGAUCAACAGUGCAUUUAGUAUCUAGAUUAUUGGGUAAUAAAGGGUGUUUUAUGUUUUAAAAGGGAGCAAGGUUAUGCUGCGUACAGAGACACUUACAGAGCUUCUAAUAUUUAAAGACUACAGUUCCAUUUCUCCUAACAAAGCAAUGUUUGCUGGUGUUAGCCUAAGAGAAUGGUUUUAAUAAACGGAUGUUGUGUGGGUGAUUGCCUGAGUUUUGUUUUUCAUGCAGUUACUAAACAGUUGCCUGUUUCCCAGAUUUAAAGUGUAUAAAACCUUGGAUAUUGUCACACAUAUCUGAAGAAGUCUUCACAAUAGGAAUUUAAUUAACUUUAUGAUUUUGAGCUAGAAAUUAACUUGUUAAAAUUGUUAAAUUGUUCCUGAACGAUUUGGUGGGUUUGUUUUAGGGGUGAUUCACAGAAUCGUUCAGUCUGCACUGCUCCUGCCCAGUCUAGACAAGUAGGGUGAUGGUACAAAGACUAGUAGAAAGGAAUGAGAUUGCAGUAAGGCUGAGAAUGAAAAUUUAUGGAGCGGUCACGCCUCCACAGGGACUGUGAUGUAUAAGUGAGGUUUGCAAAAGAAACUCGCUUGUGAUCAAAAGAUCUUCGGCACUGGAAGUAUUUCACUCCAGAACAGGUUGUGCGACACAUCAUGUGAGUUUUAAGAAAUUUAAUUUAAACAAAAGUGAAAAAUAUUAAGAUAACAACUGACAGUCUGCCACCGAGUACCAGCCAGAAUGAGUUUGUAAUUUAUCGUUUUAAGCGGCUGCCGAUUGGUCGACUGCGAGCGUAGAAGAGAGGGUUGUGACGUGAGAGGGUCGGAGCGCAGCGCAACAGGAGGGACUGAGAAUCCGGUACAUCGAGAUGCAGGACAGCAAGAAUUUCUGACACGUACGGUUUGGAGAAAGUACUAUUUGUGGAGCUUGAGUUUGGUUAAAAAAAACGGUGGUCUGGGAAUGGAGCGAGUAGAAGAGAUGGAGAAACUGCGGAAAACGGUCUCUUCACGGGGUCCUCUUUAUCCGCCAGGAAUUAAAGCGAGAGAAGUGCAACAGAGUAGCGCCAACUGUACGAGGAACGAGCUUUGCAAAAAACGGGAAUCCUGGGCAGCAAAGAAGGGGUUCGACGGCCACAGCAUGCGUACUUCGCCUUCAAAAACCCUCUCAGCCUGUAAGCCAUCCAGGCCCAAGUGUCUGGGAACUACUGCCCUAGAAAACGUUUACCAGCCACAGGCUGAGAGGCGCUUCUCGGCCGUGGACGUCCGGGCGUUGAUGCGCACGGUUCUGGAGGAGGGGCUGCGGGAUGUGCAGUAUGGUGGAGACAGGUGUUCAGCGCUCGCAGUCGAGCUCGCAGAGCAAGUGAAAAAAGCGGCAAAGGGAUUGUAUUGCGAGCGAUAUAAAAUUAUCUGUUUCGUGGUUUUAGGACCAGUCAAGCAAACAGAGGUCUCUUGUUGCAGCAGAAGUGUGUGGUGCCCAGCUGCUGACACCUACGUCGAAUACUGCUUCAAGAACAGCUCCCUGUUCGCUCUCUGCCUGCUGUUCGCCGUUUAUCUCGAGUGAAAUGUCAGGAUUGCUCAGGUCCAUGUCGCAUAGAUUGUACUAAUUUGAAAAAUUCGUACGUACAAGAAUCCGUUUUCACAUUAUGCAUUUUCAUAGUCAAACAGAAAUACAAAAGAAGAUUUGUUGUUGGGAUAUAAAUAAUCGCUAUUGUCUUCCGAAAGGAUCCCAAAGCGCUUCACAUGCAGAUGGGAACCCACUUCACUCACCACUGAAGUGCAACUAAGUGACACGCUGCGCGAGCAGAUCGGACGGAGGGGAGAGAAAUGACCUCUCCAGUUCAAUUAAGGGGAAACAUAACCAAAACUGUAAAAGAGUGUAAUUUAGUCAAUACAAUACGGGUAUUGUAGGAUAGUAAGAGCUGUAAACACGUAUGUUUUGCAACUGUAACCUUAUCGCGGAAAGUGGAUUAUCGAUAUUUCAUUAUUAUUUCAAGGAAAACAGAAAUCUGUCAUUGUAAACAUUUUGGUGUUAAAAUGUUAAUACGGCUGAUUCAUAUUGUAAUAACUGUAUCAAAUUACCCAGAUGGUCACUUGUUGCUUCCUGCGCCAUAUAGACAAGUGAACAGUUUGUGCGCAGUUUUGUCCUGUAUCUCGCAUAUUUUCCUAAUUAAUGAAAAGCAAAGCACAAUCAUUUUAGUUUUUGGAAUACAAAAUUAUACGUUCCAACAAUAAUGCUGAGCUCACGUAUUGUUGCAUAGGUCAGAAACUGCGAAACCUUUCAUGUAUCUCCAACAAGGCAGCAAUAAGAGACCGCACAGAUGGAGGAUUAACACUCGCUUUUUUACUUGACUUUCCUACUGUAAUAUAUUGUAGUACUAUUGUUUAUUGGGAUUAUGGCGUGUUCAAUGAUUAAUAAAUCCAACAGGAAAUCC